GUAAUAAGGAAUAUAACAUGUGAAUAGUGUCACCUACAUACCUAAGGGGACCUAUAAAUAAUAAGCUUCCUUUGCGUUAUGAACCAUUCAGACAUUUGCUUACAUAUAAACCUAAGUAUUAUUCAUAUCGAUAACAACAUAUAUUAUACGUAAUCGUUUUCCGAAGGUAAACUUUAAUUUUCAUCAUAGUUUUCGUCGUUGGUCAUGGAAAUACUUGCAUCACCCGCAACACCCAAGUACGAAUGCUUGCUCUUUGACAUGGAUGAUACGUUGUACCCAAUGAGCUUAGGUCUUAAUUCUUCUUGUCGCAAGAACAUUGAAGAGUUCAUGUUGACAUACUUGAAGAUAGACGAGUGUCAAGUUCCCGAUAUGUGCUUGGACUUGUACAGAGAACACGGGACAACGAUGGCUGGUCUCAAGGCUCUUGGUUAUGAAUUUGACAACGAUGCAUUUCAUGGUUUUGUACAUGGAACCUUACCUUACCAUCUUCUCAAACCUGAUUUGGUGCUAAGGAACCUUCUGCUAUCGAUGCCACAACGCAAAAUCAUCUUCACAAACGCGGACCAAGCACACGCAGCUCAAGUCCUCCGUCGCAUGUGUUUGGAAGACUGUUUCCAAGGUGUCAUCUGUUUUGAAACUCUCAAUACUGAUCAGCAACCCAACCUUGUCGAAAAUCAUCACGCUCGCAUCAUUUCUUCUCCAACCCGAAUCGUAUGCAAACCGGCUCUUGAAUCCUUCCAAACUGCUACUAUCAUCGCCAAUCUUGACCCCAAAAAAACAAUCUUCUUUGAUGAUAGCGUUAGAAACAUAGCCACUGCAAAGGCUGCCGGAUUUCAUACCGUCAUUGUGGGAAGGUCAAGUGUUGUGGCAGGGGCAGAUCAUGCUUUAAACAGCAUCCACAAUAUGAGAGAAGCAUUGCCACAAGUAUGGGAGGAUGUUUAUGAAGGAGAACAGCUUUUGGUCCAAUCCACUGCUGUCGAAACCGUUGUCAAUGCGUAGUCAUAAUCGAAUUCAAUAACCUUCGAAUGUGAAAAUCGAUAAACGUCAUAUAUAAAAGUGUUGCAAUAAGUUAAUUAGAUUGAUGACAUAGCAAAUUGUAUCAAGAAAUGUGAGAUGUUAUGUUUGAUACAGAACUCGGCCCAUUUCAUAUAUGAAAGCAACCCACGAUAAUACCCAUCUCAGAAGUUAUAUGCAGCUUCGUGUGCGUCGAUAAAAUCUUGUGGAUAACGGCAUAACGCGUAUAAGGGAGGAAAAAUAUCACUGUACAUAAGUUAGCGACUUGCAAGCAGCUUGGGAAGUCGCAUGCCAAGUGAUGGGGCGUCGUAUUUGUUUCAAAAUGAGAAGUUGUAGCGACUUAUGUGCAAUCUGCACGUCACGCAACAUAUCGCUUACGAGCAUUCGACCAAUGAAUAUAUGUCGAUAUAGCAAGUUGUAGAGUAAUCUUGACGCUUUCUUGGUGAUUUUGUAGGUUUGUUCCUACAUCGUAUAAGUUUAUGCAAUAUUG